UCUCGCAGACCAUGCCAUAGCGACACGCUAUUCUCAAGGACAGAGACAAGAUCAAAGAAAUGGCGAAAUCUAUCCAGCUCAAAGAGGAGGGCAACCGCCGCUUCCAAGCCGGCGAUUACGUGAUGGCCGAAGCUCUCUACUCGCAGGCGUAAGCCUCCCCUCCUCCCUUCCUCGUUCUUCCUCCCUUCCUCCCUCUCUUUCUGGUACCUCGGAAGCAAUUCAAGCCCCCCUCCCCCCGGCCCCCGAGAAUAAGCUGACUCUUCCGCCCGUUUUCCUCCCCGCGCGGCUUUCCCCCCUCGGGCAGGCUCAUCUCCGACCCCAACAAUCCGGCCCUGUACACCAACCGGGCCAUGGCGCGGCUCAAGCUGGGCCAGUGGGACAGCGCGGUGGCCGACUGCACGGCGUGCCUGCGCCUCUCGCCCGACAGCAUCAAGGCACACUACUCGCUGUCGCAGGCGCACCUGGCGCUGCGCGCCUACGACGACGCCCUGCUGCACGCCCGCACCGCCCACGCCCUGGGCGCCAAGGCCGCCGACAAGAGCCUCGGCACCCUCACCGCCCACGUGCUGCGGUGCAAGAAGGAGGCCUGGGACGCCGCCGAGCGCCGCCGCGUCCGCGAGGACGCCGACCUCGAGGCCGAGGUGCUCCGCCUGCUCGAGCGCGAGAGGGACGCGGCCGUCCGGGAGGUCGGGCGGCAGCAGCAGGAGGAGGAUGGGGGGGAGGACGGCAACGGCGGCGACGGCGGCGGUGGCGGCGAGGAGGCCAGGAAGGAGGUGGCGGCCGAGUGGGACGCCAAGAUCGCGAGGAUGCGGGAGGUCUUUGAGAAGGCCCGCCCGGCGAGCGAGAAGCGGCGGACGGUGCCCGACUGGGCCAUUGACGACAUCAGCUUCUGCGUCAUGGUCGACCCCGUCAUCGUAAGUGGCCGUUCUCUCGUUACUGGUGUUGACUUUUCUUCUUUUGUCGUCUCUCUCUCUCUCUCUCUCUCUCUCUCUCUGUGGGUUGAUCACUGGCUAACGCGGGUGGCUCUAAUCAGACAAAAUCCGGCAAGUCCUACGAGCGCGCGUCGAUUGUCGAGCACCUGCGCCGCCACCCCCAUGACCCGCUGACCCGAGAGCCGCUCUACAUCUCCGAUCUGAGGCCCAACCUCGACCUCAAGCAGGCUUGCGAGGAGUUUCUCCAGGAGAACGGCUG